CCUGUAUUUAUGUGCACACUUGUGUUUUAAAGCUUAACCCCACGUAAAUCUUAAACCCCAAAUGAUUACAUGAAAGCAAACCAGUAGCUCUGACACCACAAUCCCACACCCACUCUAUAUCCAUUCCCUCUCUCUUGGCAUAUGAUAAACACCAAAUGAUUAGAUGAAAGCAAACUAGUAACUCUAACACCACAAUCUCACUAUAUUGAUUCCCUCCUCACCUUCCCAACAAAGACAGACAUGCUAACUGCGAAGGUUGCAUCAAUUAAUUAUCACCCACCACACCUUACAUCUCCUUUCCCACCACUUAUAAAAACCCUCUCCAUUUCCCCCCAAACUCAUAUCGAACAUCUUCUCCAAAUAUCAAACGCCUUGUUGUUUUUAAUUGUUUCCAAGCAAAUUAAGAAUCCGCAUCCCACCGCACUCAAAAACAGGAUGAUGAAGCAGCAGAAUCAGCCUCUUUUCUCACUCACACUGUUACUGAUCUUCUUCUCCCAUUGCACCAAAAUCUUAUCCCAAGCUCCUUCUGCUUCCCCUGCUGCUGCCCCAGCUGCCUCAGCUACCCCAGGUGCCCCAACAAUUACAGGGCCAGUGGUGCAAGCACCACCAGCUGAUGCCCCUGCACCUUCUGGCCCAACUAAUAUCACCAAAAUCCUUGAGAAAGCAGGUGGCUACAAAGUCUUUAUCCGCCUCUUAAAGAGCACCCAAGUUGACAACCAGCUCUACCGCCAACUCAACAACUCAAAUAGCCAACUCACCGUUUUCGCCCCAACUGAUGAUGCCUUCUCAAAUCUCGGCACAGGCACACUCAACUCUUUGAGUGAUGAGCAAAAAGGGCAGCUCGUACAAUUCCAUCUGAUCCCAGAUUUUCUCACAAUCCAAAACUUCCAAACUAUCAGCAAUCCAGUGAGAACCCAAGCUGGAUCUGGAUUGGACUAUCCGCUAAACAUUACCACAUCAGGCAAUUCAGUCAACAUUUCCUCUGGCCUUGUGAACACCUCCAUUUCAGGCACUGUCUACUCUGAUAAUCAAAUUGCUAUUUACCAAGUUGACAGUGUGCUCCAGCCUUAUGGUGUUUUUUCUCCCAAGCGUCAACCACCGUCACCAGCUCCAGCUCCAGCACCUGUACUAGGGAAGCCUAAGUUGAAUUCUUCGUCAUCUGAUUCUGAUGACAGUGACACUAGUACUACUCCUCCUGUUGCUGAAGUGAAAUCUGGAGCUGUGCCUACCGUGCUCCCCAAAUUUAAUGGCAUUGUCUCCAUUGCAGUUGCUGUGGUUGCUGCAGCAGCAUUAAGCUUUUCUUGACAAAAUUGUUUGUUCCAAUUGGAGUUGGUUUGAAUUUGAAGGGUACGUAAUAAUUGUUGUUAUGCAUGUCAGAAAUGUGAUCUGUAUGUGAGACCAAUAAUGUUUUGUUGAAUUUCAUUGGGUUCUUGAUUUGUUUUGUUUCUUUGUAUACUCA